AUGUUGCAACUUCCUCGUAACGAAACAAGCUCGUCAUCAACAGCAACGACAACCACAACGACAAGUCAUAACAGCACAUCACUUCUCAAUAAGAAAAUUUCAGCACCUUUUUCAUCCCGACAAUCACUCCUCGCUGCGCAACAAUGCAUUUUCUUUUUGGGAUGUCCCUUCUUAGGAAAGACAUCGCACUAUGAAAGUGUUUAUGAAUUGAGAGGAUUUGAGCGGAUAUCUUUUGAAACAGAUCGAUUAAAGAAUAUUUCGAGGAUGUUUGAUCUACUCUCAAAAAAUAGAAAGAUUGUCAUUGACGAUGAAAAAACCAUGUCAUCUUCCGAAGGUCGAAAAAAGCUCAUUGAGAAGAUUAAAACUGAACAACCACAAUGCUCAAUAGAAUGUAUCACAUUUUACCCCAAAUAUGGAGAUUUACAAAUCGAAAUUGCUAAAAUAUUUCAUUUGUGUGAAUAUUUUGAAGUGAACAAUUUUGAAAUGAAUGAACGUUUUGACUCUCUCGAUAAAAUUUUGAAAGAAAUUAAAUCUUCACGAGGGGACGAAAAUUCCAGCAAAUCACUUCUCACUCACCCCUCACCUGAUGAGGGCUUUGGAAAAAUUUCAAGUCAAGAAUUACCACUUUUUAUCAACCGAAAGGAAUCAGAUUUUUGUUAUCGAUCACUCAUUAUUGACACGUGCUCUGCAAAUUUAUUCAUCUAUGACUCGAAAAAACGAAAGGUUCAAUUUAAAAAUUCCUCCGUGAUAAAGAGCCAACUUCUAACGUGGUCUGAGACAUUCCAGGAACCUAGAGUAAUUUUCAUUUUUAAAGAUAAGGAAAGUUUCCGAGUUUCCCUUAAUAUUCCUGCAAACCAUGUGAACUCCCUAAACGUCAUGCAUUUACUAAGAGAUGCUAUUGUUGAUCUAGGCCUCCCAUUCCCAAUUUAUUAUUGCACCGAUAUUGAAAAUAGAAGUUUAGUGACUAUCUUUUGUCAGAUAUUCUACAUGUAUUCGAUACGAAUGGAUGAAUCGUUAUUUGUGACCGAUCUUCCUCGACAAGACAUUCCCAACGACAUUUUUCGUAUUUUCCAUAAAAUAUGCGUUUUAGACUAUUCAACAUUUUUCUCAGAGCCACAAAACGAUUUUCGAACACUACUCUCACAUCAACAACAAUACGACUUGCCAACAAUUACCCUCCAAUACUUACCUAACUCUAAAUCAGUAGAUGCUCCUAAACCUAGAAGAUAUCCACUCCUAAAUCAGCUCAAUGAAAAUGAAAACGUGACAGAUCAACCUUAUUUUGAGUAUCAAAAGAGAGGCAUGCGACACGGAAUAGUAUUACCCAGAAACUUCAUUUCAUACUUUGAGUAUAAGGAAGACUUUUUCGAGAAUGUACUAACAACCAUUGGUAUGGAUGAUGGCGAUGAUGAAAAUAUAGAAUAUAACGAUCAAAGAAAAGCUACCAUCCUUUUUGGUGAUGAGGAUCUUGAUCAAAUGAUGCAAGAUGAGGACACUGAUGAAAAGGAAGAUCCCUUCUCCAAGUUACAAUACCUACGAGAGUUACGCAAAAAGAGUGAAGAGAAGGCAGCAAAAACCAAUAAUAAUGGAAUGAUGACCAAUAUGACUACAGAUCGUAUUGUGGCCCCGUCAUCAUCAUCAAAGAUUAGUCAUGUGACAGAUCCUUUUGGAAAUAAGGGUUCCACAACCAUGAAAUCUCAAAAUGGUGAUGGAAUGGAACUAUCAACGGCGUCACAAAUUGCAGAUGCCUUCCCAUCUCAAAGCGUAUCGUCAUCAUCAGUACCACCAUCAACCGUUUACACCACAGUUGUGGAUAGCUCAAUACUUUCACAGCUCCGUAUUAACAUGUCCAUUUUCCAUAUUAUGAAUCAUUUUGGAGCCGUUUAUUUUCAACGUGGUAGAGACUACAAGAACGAAUACAGAAUUGAUAAUUUUAGAACAAAGAUCAUCAAUAAUAUUGCAUUCAAGUUGUACAGUACAUGUAUGGGCUCUCGAGAAGAACCUUACAAACAAGAGAGUAUUAUUAAGGAUGGGAAACUUCUGAAAGCGAUUUGUAAUUGCCCCAUCGGUGGUGAAGGUCUUUGUAAACACGUGUGUGCUCAGAUUUUAGCAUUCAGAGAAAAGGAACAAUACAUGAAAGAGAAAUCGGAAUAUCUCAAUGUCUCCAAAUCUGAACGAAAAUUACCUCCUCCUGUUGCUUUCACCAUGUUAGAACCCAUUCUCGAUGAAUGGUGUGUAAAAGUGAAAGUUAUCAAGAAACACAAUGAAAAAACAUGGGCCAACGAGAGAGGUUCAGGUCGCGUUUGUGCAAUUACAGUCGAAGAUGAACUCUCAUCCAAGAGGUUCAAAGUAAUCAUGUUCAAUGAUUUAAUUAAUGAAUUUUAUGACAAGAUGGAGGAAGGAGAGACUUAUUAUAUUAAUAAGGGCCACUUGAUCAAGAAAUCCAACGAUGACACGUAUGAAAUUCAAUUAUGUGCCAAUUCGUUAGUGAGAAAUAUUCAUGAAGUAGGUGUGAAAUUUAAAGAUGGUGGCACUUCAAAGAGUGCUACCGAUUUUAAGAAAAUAUUUAAUGAGGUGGUUGAGAUGCCGCAACAGCAAGGCAUUCAAUUUGAAGAGUUUAAGCCAGUAUCGUAUGUAUCCAUGCCACAGAGCUCAACAUCCUCAUCCCUCAUUGCUCCAUCACCAGAGAAGAAACGAAAACACAUCGAGACGACUUUUGAAGAUCAAACAGGUAAUGAUGAUAAUCUCGAUGCUAUUGGACGACAACAGAAGCAAGAGAUUGACGCAGAAGAAGUACCUGAUCAGCAGCACAUUUCAUCCCAUGAAUCACCCAGUAAGAAGAAAAAACAAAAUACCUCGUCGCCAUCAAUUGAUACCCGCUUCGAUCAUAUCCUUAAUGGACUACCCACUCAAGAGAGUCAACAUUCGAUCAUUGCUUCUCAACCCGUGCUUCUUCAUUCCUUGUUGCAACCUUCUCACCAUAGCCAACAUUCUGUAUCCUCUACAAGCGAGAAUGGUAGUCAAAGAAGUCUUAAAAGCAGUCGAAGCAGCAGCAGUGGUGGUGGCAGUGGUAGUGGUGUCAUUCAACCAUCAUCACACACAAUUCGAGUCGAGCAUAGAUCCUCCUCACAAGAAGCACUUUCCCCAGUGCUGUUCGCAGGAGUGGCUGUGAAAUUUCAACAACAAACACACCCCUCUCAAACCAUCAUUGAAUCAACGCCACCCAGUCAAGAAGAGUCACAAAAAGAGUCGCAAUAUCAUCAAUCAGAAGCAGCACCACAACAGAUUGUCUCCUCAUUCGCGAGUAGUACAACUCUUUCCUCCCAUAAUAAUAGGAAUAACCCAUCACAAAAUCAUACCGCCAAUUCAUCAACUACUGAGAACAAUGUCACAGGCAUCAUUGGCGAUGACCACAAUAAUAACAACACCAACCACACAACUUGUGGCGCUUCACCACUCUCAUCGACCACUCCAAAAGGUCUUUACUUUUUCGUGGACGAAGAUGAAACGAAUUCACACUAUCCAAAUUCGACCCUGCAUGACAUUUUCUUCACACCUUAUAAAUCCAAGUUGUCUUCUGCUUCCUCUGAGCAAUAUCAGCUUGCUUCGCCUCCACUCAUUUCGGACGUCAGUAUCGAGGAAAUUAUUUCGAGUACGGACAACAUGCAACAACAAGAAGUAGUAGAGGAACGACCUAAAAGUCCCCACUCACUGAGCCAACACAAUAAGCCACCUGUGGUUGAAGUUGUAUAUUUGAGUGAUGACGAUGGUGUGGAAAUUUUAGAACAUGCCACCCCUCAAAAAAGUAAGAAAUCUCAAGCCUGUACAGGACAAAGCUCCACCAUCUCAUCACCGACAUCUUUGACUAGUCGUUCUCCUAAUACGACUCUUUUAACAGAUGAAGAGACACCACGAUCCAUGAAAAGUAUCAAUUCCACACCACUAUUCACCACUCCACCCCUCGCUAAUUUGACUUUAUCAACACCUCCACAACCAUCGUCGACAAGCUCAACAGCAACAACUACCUCUUCCAACACAGCAACAAAAACACCAAAGAAAGUAAGCUUGAAAUUUUUAUUGGAUAAUAACGACAUGUCAGAUCUGUAG